UUCUUCAUCUUCCUCUUCUUCAUCAUCAUCGUCGUCGUCCUCAUCGUCGUCUUAUUCCACCUCCUCAUCGUCGUCAUCCUCGUCUUCAAGGUCUCGUUCCUCGUCUUCGUCGUCCUCAUCAUCCUCAUCAGUUUCGAGGAGGAGAAACCGCAAGUCACAUGUCGCAACGAUUGGCACUACUCCGGCCGAUCCAUGGAACCAGAUCCCAUUGCUGUUAAUCGUCGAGAUCCCAUUUCUCUUAAGAUAGAAAUAGUUCCGCCAUCGAAAGACAACAAGAGUAAGUUGGAGCUCUGA